GUGCAGAAGAGCAAGCUCGGGUGCGGCUCCCAGCAUGCCCCAGGCGGCUGGGCUUGCAGGGGAAUGCUGGGAGGGGUAAGGCUUUAUUAGGGGCGCGACCCCACGCGCGCGCAGACCGCGGUGGGGAGAGAGCCCUGCCGCCCCGAGCACCACGGAUCGCCCUGGCCAUUGCCCCGUUCACUGCCCGCACUGCAGGAUUGCUCGAUUCGUCAGGCGCCUCCAGCCCAACCUCAACGGGCGGCUCUUUCAGAUUUUGCGCGCCGCCGUGGCGCAGAGCCUGGGGAUCCCUCUGCCAGAGAGCAACCUCCGCCGCCGCCGCGACAAUGGCCGAGGACGACGUGGCAUCACUGGUCCACCGUUUCUACACCCUACAGACCGAGCGAGUUGAAGCUUACCACCUCUUUGAAGAGGGCCACCGGGCUUACCUCCGAAGUGCCCCGAACUACGACUUCCCCCGCUACCGGCAGCUGGUGCACGAGAUCACGGUGGCCUUCAGCGGCAUCUCGCGGGACAUCUUACAGAUCAAGGAGAAGCUCGGCGGGCCCUCCGGCCGUGCAGACCUGGCGCAGCACCUUGCCCGCCUCCAGGAGAAGGAGAAGGAGAAGCUGGAGCUGACCGCGCAGCUGCAGCUGGCCAAGCAAAACGUCCAAGACCAGCCCGGUGAGGAAGCGCAUGUGGAAGAGGUGCGGCAGCUGAAACACAGGCUAAUUCAAACCAUUGAGACAAUCAGCGAAAUUCUCCAGGAUUUCAAGUACGAUUCGGAAGAGAUUGGUUGACAGGACGUCCCGCGGGGGAAGCCGAGGCGCGGGGGGGGCUUCUGGCAACACUCGGCUCUCCCCUGCCUGCCUCCUGCCCGUCCCGGCUGCCUCCGUGCUGACCUGCGAGAUCGCUGCCUUGCACGCAGGCCGAUGCCCCGGUGAGGGGCUGAGCGGGAAGCCACACGCCCGACACAAGGCAGCCGGGUCCCGUUCUGCGCGAUGCCCAUCUGAUGAUUCUGCCCUGAGUCUGGACUCACAUUCCAGGACAGAGGAAGGUGAUGGGUUUUCUGUGUCCUGGAAAAAAAAUAUUUCACCAAUCUACAAAUCAUGAAUCAAUAAAAAAAGCAUAUGUUCUU